UGGAGGCUGUAGCUCAUCCAGCCGACGAAAAAUGCUGUCCUGGGUGGUGAUGGUUUAGCAGCUUCGUAACACGAUGCUUUCGAAUAUUAAAUGAGGUCGAGUCGUUUCCUAUUUCUGGCGAUCAAGGUCUGAUCUUGCAGUGCGAUAUAUGUGUCAUGAUCCCAGUGUUGAAAGGUUGGGUCCGACAGCUGUCAAGAUGAUCCACAGUCUGUUCCUCGUCAACGCCACGGGGGACAUAUUUUUGGAGAAACAUUGGAAGAGCGCAGUCAGCCGAUCUGUGUGUGACUACUUCUUCGAGGCCCAGGAACGCGCCACAGAACCAGAGAACGUCCCUCCGGUCAUCCCGACCCCACACCACUACCUCAUCAGCGUCUUCCGCCAUCGCAUAUUCUUCGUGGCUGUGAUCCAGAGCGAGGUUCCGCCCCUCUUCGUCAUCGAGUUUCUGCACCGGGUUGUGGACACGUUUCAGGACUAUUUUGGUGUGUGCACUGAAGCAGCUAUCAAAGACAACGUGGUGGUGGUGUACGAGCUGCUGGAGGAGAUGCUGGACAAUGGCUUCCCUCUGGCUACUGAGUCCAACAUCCUGAAAGAACUCAUCAAACCUCCCACUAUCCUGCGUACAGUGGUGAACACCAUCACAGGCAGCACUAAUGUUGGGGAGCAGCUUCCUACAGGCCAGCUCUCUGUGGUGCCAUGGCGACGAACAGGGGUCAAGUACACAAACAACGAGGCCUAUUUUGAUGUGGUGGAAGAGAUUGACGCCAUCAUCGAUAAAUCCGGUUCCACCGUCACCGCGGAGAUCCAGGGUGUGAUUGAUGCUUGUGUGAAGCUCACUGGUAUGCCUGACCUCACUCUGUCGUUUAUGAACCCCCGGCUGCUGGACGAUGUCAGUUUCCACCCGUGUGUGCGUUUUAAGCGCUGGGAGGCUGAGCGAAUUCUUUCUUUCAUCCCUCCAGACGGAAACUUCCGGCUCCUCUCCUACCACGUCAGCUCUCAGAACCUGGUGGCCAUUCCCGUAUACGUGAAGCAUAACAUCACGUUUCGGGAGGGUAGUUCUCAGGGGCGCUUUGACCUGACGCUGGGGCCCAAACAGACCAUGGGGAAGGUUGUGGAGUCUGUGCUGGUCAGCAGCCGGUUGCCCCGCGUGGUCCUGAAUGCCAACCUCAGCCCCUCACAGGGCACUUACACCUUUGACCCUGUCACUAAGCUCUUGACCUGGGACGUGGGGAAGAUCAACCCUCAGAAGCUGCCCAGUCUGAAAGGCAGUAUGAGUCUACAGGCGGGAGCAUCCAAGCCGGACGAGAACCCCACCAUCAACAUCCAAUUCAAGAUCCCACAGAUGGCCGUCUCAGGCCUGAAGGUAAAUCGCCUGGACAUGUAUGGAGAGAAAUACAAACCCUUUAAAGGCAUCAAGUACAUGACCAUGGCUGGCAAAUUCCAGGUCCGGACCUAGAAGCUGAUGGCUCCGUGGCGCCCUGCCUACGGGAGCACUACGACAUCCACACCCGCGUGCUGACGUUUUACUGUACGCAGUGUAAACGAGCAAACAACAAAGCGACCCAAUAACCAACAAACAAAGACUGGGAGGGGACUUUAUUAACUAAAGUUUAUUAACUAGAAAUAAUGCAUUUCAGGAUUUUAAAGAAAUUAUUAUUUCUUCAUGAAAGGUUUUAGUCAGUAGUGUUUGGAGUUCGUCAUACCUUAGUAAUGUUAUCCUUCCUGAUCGCAGGGCAGUCCUCUACACUAAUCGCGGCUCCUGGUGAUCUCGGACCUGGGGGAUGACUGACGUUAGACACACAGACAGUGGAGUUAUGGACCAUGUACAGUCAGACUACAGUGACUGUAUGUUAAUGUACAGUCAGACCACAGUGACUGUAUGUUAAUGUACAGUCAGACCACAGUGACUGUGUUAAUGUACAGACUACAUUGACUGUAUGUUAAUGUACAGUCAGACUACAUUGACUGUAUGUUAAUGUACAGUCAGACUACAGUGACUGUGUUGGUGUAGUCAGACCACAGUGACUGUAUGUUAAUGUACAGUCAGACCACAGUGACUGUAUGUUAAUGUACAGUCGGACCACAGUGACUGUAUGUUAAUGUACAGUCGGACCACAGUGACUGUUAAUGUACAGACUACAGUGACUGUGUGUUAAUGUACAGUCAGACUACAUUGACUGUGUUAAUGUACAGUCAGACUACAGUGACUGUUAGUGUAGUCAGACCACAGUGACUGUAUGUUAAUGUACAGUCAGACUACAGUGACUGUGUGUUAAUGUACAGUCAGACCACAGUGACUGUGUGUUAAUGUACAGUCGGACCACAGUGACUGUGUGUUAAUGUACAGUCGGACUACAGUCAGUCUGAAACUCAUGCACAUGUUAGUGUUCAACUCUCUUGUCCUCUAUGAAAACGGUCCUCUUCCCAUAAUCGUGCAUUUUCAGUAAUGCACCAGUCUGUGUAAGUCUUUGGAGUUUCUCUGUCCUUUCUGCAUUUCCCUCUCCACACACUGACUACAUCAGCCUCUUCGGAUUUCCCAUUCAUCACUCCCUGUCUCUAUUCCCAUCAUUCCAUCUGUUUCCCUGCUCUUUCCUCGACUCCCUCAUCCUUUGUGUUUUUAUUGUUUAUUUCUUUCUUCCUGUUUGGUUUGUGCACUGAUAUUCCUGUGUGUGCGCAAUGUGUGGGGAACGUUUCCUGGGCAUUUGGUUUAUGGGGUCCUGUUCUUCUGAUGAUCCUGUUGAUCAGUCAGACACUCCGUAGUAAACAAGCUUUCCAUUACCAAGCCUGGAUCUGUGUAGCACGGCUUUUAUUAUUAUUUACAUUUAUAUACCACCAACCAUCACUGGACAUGCGCACACAUACGCACACACAUAUAUACUUACACACAGGUGAUGUUCAUACAGGACAGUUUAGAGUAUCCACUCAACCUGACCAGUUUUACACCACAUUCCUGUGUUUAUUUCAGAAACAUAUCUGGUUGAAAGGAUGUUUCUCCCAUGGAUUACCCAUAAUGCAGUUCUGAUAUGAAAAUAUUGAAGCCCUUUAAUUUCACCUAUUGGUGGAGGUCCAAGGUCCGGAUUGGUUGCUAGGUUAUGGGAACCAAUGGAACAGACUCCAAACUGAGCGAGCCCUUCAGCUGUUUUAUUGGAGCCUGUUGUUUUUUAUUGGCACUAUGCACUGUGUUGGAUGUUUUCUGUUUUGCACUUUUGCUUGUGUUGUGUGUGAUUUUUCAUUUCUGUGUUGGUCCUGAAUCCACGUGGUUUCUCCAGUGCUGCAGAAUAAAAGAUGUGAAAGUGA